AUGGUAUCUGCACCACUUCGGGUGUACCAAUCCUUGCGGGUGGGUACUAAGCCUUUGAUGAAUUCUUUGAUUGUGAUCACUGCGGAUUGUGGAUUGACAUUGAUCUUUCCGUCUCCUUGGGCAACUUCCAACCUCAGAAGUCCAACUUCAAGCCACGCAAGUUGUCUCUUCAAGACUCUCGAUCCGUACGCAAAUAUCUUCAGUUGGUUCACGAAGGAUAUGCCAAGUACUCCAUCUUGGAGGAGAUUGAAUAAGCUGAAUAAGCGUAUUGAACAACUGGGACACCAGAUGACUCCUUCCUUGGUGCGCAAAUACAACUGUUUACAUAGACAAAUGUAUACCGUGAUGCGCCAGGCGGAAGAGAAGUGCCGGGACUUGGCUCCGGGUAAAGUCCCAUGGUCACCUAAAAUGCAGGGAUUCUGGGAUCGGAUGAGCCUGUGGAAGCUUCUGUUGAAAGGCAAGAAGGGUUGCCGCGUGAGUUUGCGCAAAGUUCGCCGGUUGAUGAAGAAGACAGAGCUGCCACAAGCUUGGAGGAAGUCAGAGGUCGACCUGGACGACUGCCUGAAGCAAGAGCGCUCCAUGUACAAGCAGGCCAAACGCACCUACGCAGCUCAAUGGAGGAAAAACUUCUUGACAGUUCAAACCAAGGACGCAAAGAAGCAUCAGUGGAAGUCUCGGAAGGCCCGCGAUAGAUUCUUUCGGUUACGACAAAUGAAGCAAAGAGAGGAGGCAAGACGCCGUCGUCGCGCCCAGAGCAAAGGAUCUACAGGGGGCCUUCAGGCUAUUCAAAUUGAAGAACACUUACCAGACGGUACUACAAGUCUUUGGACCAUCACUGACCGCCGCCUAGUCAAAGAUGGGUGCAUGCAAGAAAACACGGCACACUAUGAUCAAACACGAGCUUUGUACACCACCCCACCUAUGGCCAAACCGUUAUAUAGCGAAUUUACCGGUGACAGCGCUGAAUCCAAUUCUCUGGCAUUGUUAGAAGGCCGUUACACGUGA